AUGGUACCGACGGACACUGUAAAUUCUCCUACAACCAACACCAUACCCGCUAAUUCAGUCGAUAUAAAUACUCUUGCGGCUGCCGUAGCAGCUGUAACCGGAGUUUUCCCCAAAAACCCAACGAUAACGCCUGGUCCAGUUCCUGGGUCUAUUUUGUUAUCAUGCACAAAGCCGACGACAAGUGAAUCAGGUCCCGCUGUUAGCUCCUCCCAACCUAAUGUUGCAAUCGAUGUGUCGCCUCAAAGUAUUGUCCAGCGUGUUGUUGCUGCUGGAGGUGGAAUUCAAAAAUCGCUUGUCCGUAGCAACAUUGUCCAACCAACUCUUGCCGGUUCUAAUGCAGUAUCGGCUGUUCCGUCGCUUUCUAAUGGCCAAGUGUUUAGCGAAAUAUCUCCACGUCCGCCUGCCGACGCAACUGAACAAUCUAAGACCGGCCGAAGUUCGAAAGAGUUUACAGAAACGCAGGAAUCGGCGAUUGAUCGUAUUCUGGAGACAAUUCGUGUACAGAUGCGUGCCUCAGAUGCAGUUAAAAGCAAACUACUCAUGUCAAAUGGUCUGAAGAAGGUCGCUGAGUCAAAAACCAUCGAUAUUUUACAGGUCGCGAAACUCUCAAACGAGAACAAAGAGAGCACAAAUUAUGCCACUAAUUGUAGUACUGUGGUUUCAAAGUGUCAGUUUCCAAUCAAAAAGAACAGUGGGAAGUUGGCUCCAGUUGCUCCAAAUCCAGCCACCAAACCUACUCACGCAUCUCAGAUCUCCAUGGCCCUAAAUCGUUCGACUGUUGGAUCUACAGACGCUGUGCACAGCAAGGUUUACAAGUGUCGGUACUGCGGAAAGAGUUUCAAUCGUAAAUUUUGUCGCGAGCGUCACGAACGUCUUCAUACAGGUGUAAAACCCUACACUUGUGAGGUCUGUGAUGAAAAGUUUAUUCGACUUGAAGACAAGAAACGUCAUGUACGUUCUAUUCUCCAUACAACACGUACCGCCGCGCUUGCAUGCGCAAAUGGCAAAAUCAAAACCGCCGCACCUUCGGCUGAUCCACCUUCAUCUGAACUCGACCUCCAGGGGCAGAUGGAGGGUGCCGCUAAUGAAAUAGCCUACCUGGCGGAUGCGAAUGACGCUGUGGACGAAAAUGACACUAACAGUCAACACUUGGACGACGGAAGUAGUGGCGAUUACAAGGAGGACUCUCCUUUUGAGGCUCAGUUGUGUAUAGCAGACGACGAGGUGGACAACUGCAGUGCAAACGAUCAGUCCGAUGUUGACAGUUCAGUGGUCGAAAUACAGCCCUUGUCUUCGGCGAGCAAUGCUAACGUGAGCCCAACGCACUCAACUCCCUCCUUCAGACACUCAAGACGAUCUGCGCUUAAGCAGUGUAUUGUACCAGUCCGAGUACCUUCCACUGCUGUUGAUCUGCCUACCGCCAUAUCCACCCUCUCCGUCGACCUACCUUUACCCCCUACAGCAGAUACGUAG